GUAACAACGGCAACAUUGCCCAUUUCACCUGUCAUUGUAGUGGAGAUUGAUAAAAAAAAUGAGUAUUAUUAUUUUGGGAUGUGGUGUUUAGGGAGGCUCUGAUAAACAAAGGAGGAACGAACGCACUGAUAACAAUUGAAUCAUCUUUGCCACGCCUUCAUGUAAAUGUAAGCAUUCCGAGCAUUUAAAAGCAUUGCAUUUCAAUAAGUGUGUGAUAAGGCUAGAGCCCCAAAUUUAGAGAAACUGAGAAGCCAUUCCAAUACAAAAAAGCAUAAACAAGAAACCUUUGCAGUGAUGAACACAAUCGAGAUGUCUGGCAAGACGAUCAAAGACAACCCAUCCCAAUAUGUAAAACUCAACGUUGGUGGUAGUCUGCAUUAUACCACCAUUGGCACUCUGACCAAACAUGAUACAAUGCUCAGAGCAAUGUUCAGUGGGCGAAUGGAGGUGCUCACAGAUUCAGAUGGUUGGAUAUUGAUUGACAGACGAGGCAAACAUUUUGGGACAAUACUGAAUUUCCUACGGGAUGGUAGUGUGCCUUUGCCAGAAUCCAGCAAAGAGAUUGCUGAAUUGGCUGCAGAAGCAAAAUACUAUUGCAUUUCUGAAUUAACGGAAGCCUGCAAUCAGGCAUUACUGAAGAAAGGCAGAGAAGUUGAAGCGUUGUGUCAAGUGCCGCUGAUCACGUCUCAAGUUGAGGAGGAAUUGUUGAUCACCUCAACAACUAAGCCGGCUAUUAAGUUGCUUAUAAAUCGGCACAACAAUAAGUAUUCUUACACCACAACAUCUGAUGAUAACCUGCUGAAGAACAUCGAGCUGUUCGAUAAGUUAUCACUUUGGUAUAAAAAUCGUGUGCUAUUCAUAAAGGAUGUCAUUAGCACGAGCGAGAUAUGCUGCUGGACAUUCUACGGCCACGGUAAGAAAGUAUCUGAGGUUUGCUGCUCGUCGAUCGUUUACGCUACGGACAAGAAGCAUAACAAAGUUGAAUGUCCGGAGGCAAGGAUAUACGAAGAAACGCUCAACAUUCUUCUAUACGAAACCAGAAACGGUCCCGACCAGGAGCUGAUGCAGGCCACUUCUACCAGAGGUGCUGUCUCUGGUAUGUCUUCGUACACCAGCGACGAAGAGGAGGAAAGAAACGGACUGGACAGAUUACGAGCGAAAAAGAACAAUCCCACCUAAGCAAGCGCAAAAAACACCUUUUUUGAUAUAUUCCAUGUAUUUAAUUUAUUGUUGUGUAUAUUAUUAUAUUGUCUUAUAUUUUUCUUUUGUAUUCUCGUGGCCUCAAGUAAAAUGCAUUCAGAAU